GAGAGAGAGAGAGAGAGGACUACACUCUCUCUCCAUCACAUCAUCAGACUCCGCCUCGCGCUCUCCGGUCUGUACCGAUCCGGUCACAACAGCUGACCACCGGCGGCUCUGCGGCCGGACCGAGCGGCAGCAGAACCACAACAUGGCCCUGCAGCAGCUGCCCCCGUGCGUGAUAGACUGCGGGACCGGGUACACAAAGGUCGGCUAUGCUGGGAAUACAGAGCCGCAGUUCAUCAUGCCGUCCUGUAUCGCCAUCAAGGAGUCGGCCAGCGUGGGAGAGCAGGCUCAGAGGAGGCUCGUACGAGGAGUCGACGAUCUGGACUUCUACAUCGGAGACGAAGCAGUAGACAAACCCAACUAUGCAACCAAGUGGCCCAUCCGUCAUGGGAUGGUGGAGGACUGGGAUCUGAUGGAGAAGUUCAUGGAGCAGAUCAUCUUCAAGUACCUCCGAGCCGAGCCUGAGGACCACAGCUUCCUCAUGACGGAGCCUCCUCUCAACACCCCAGAGAACAGAGAGUACCUGGCAGAGAUCAUGUUUGAGACCUUCAACAUACCUGGACUCUACAUCGCAGUACAGGCCGUGUUGGCGUUGGCGGCGUCCUGGACGUCUCGGCAGGUUGGACAGAGAACUUUGACGGGCAUCGUCAUCGACAGCGGAGAUGGAGUCACGCACGCCAUCCCAGUGGCUGAGGGCUACGUGAUUGGCAGCUGUAUAAAACACAUCCCCAUCGCAGGGCGGGACAUCACCUUCUUCAUCCAGCAGCUGCUCAGAGACAGAGAGGUGGGGAUUCCUCCAGAGCAGUCGCUGGAGACCGCCAAGGCCGUCAAGGAGCGGUACUGUUACAUCUGUCCGGACAUUGUGAAGGAGUUCACAAAGUACGACUCUGACCCGGGGAAAUGGAUCAAACAGUACCGCGGCGUCAACGCCGUCAGUAAGAACGCCUUCCACAUUGACGUGGGCUACGAGCGCUUCCUGGGUCCUGAGAUCUUCUUCCACCCCGAGUUCGCUAACCCAGACUUCAUGCAGCCUAUCUCUGAUGUCGUCGAUGAUGUCAUUCAGAGCUGUCCAAUCGAUGUGAGGCGACCCCUGUACAAGAACAUCGUGCUCUCCGAGGAUCCACCAUGUUCAGAGACUUCGGGCGGCGACUGCAGAGAGACCUGAAGAGAGUCGUGG